UCCAUAUUUUAUCAACAUUUUUUUUUAUGUGUAUUCCAACUUACUUGCAAGUUCAAGGUGAUAGUGUUGAACCUUCAAAUAGUAAUCGUGCUAGUUCUUUAAAUGUUCAAGGUGAUAGUGUUGAACCUUCAAAUAGUAAUCGUGCUAGUUCUUUAAAUGUUCAAGGUGAUAGUGUUGAACCUUCAAAUAGUAAUCGUGCUAGUUCUUUAAAUGUUCAAGGUGAUAGUGUUGAACCUUCAAAUAGUAAUCGUGCUAGUUCUUUAAAUGUUCAAGGUGAUAGUGUUGAACCUUCAAAUAGUAAUCGUGCUAGUUCUUUAAAUGGUAAGUAAAAAGUUAUUGCAUUUAAGUUAAUAUUACAGAAUAAUACUUAAUGUU